AUGGAGCAAGAGUACAUCAUAUGGAAAUUCUAUGGAGAGAACAAGACGGAUCGCCCGGAUAUUUCAUCCCGGACUUCAACUUUGGAAGAGGCAUUGACCCUGCUCAUACUGAAAGGCUCAUCCUCGUUCGGCUUCAUUAUUGAGCCUUUAGGGGAAAAGACUCUCCCGCAGCCUUGGCAUCUUCCUCACUACUUCGUCGAUGUUGAGGAUGAUGCUGCUCCACACGUUGCAGCAGUUAUUCUGCCCGGUGUUAACGGCGAACCUAGUUUCGCUUUUGCCUGCCCGAUGAACUGGGAUAUAAUCUUGGCUAUUUUCGGGACGCAUGAUACCGACAUAAGGUUUGCCGGCAACUUCCACAACGAAGAAUACCUUGUCACAGUCAAGCCUACUACUGUGAGGGCGGAGAGCCGUUUGAAGAGACUGGGUCGGCCGGGUGGGAUCUCUUUGGAGCAUAGUAUCGAGACAAACACUGAAUACCUGGAGACCUCAAACCGUCCAUGA